CUCUGCAUCAUUCGUUCAUUUAUAAACCAAAAUGGCAGUCUAGUAUUUUUGUGACAAGGAUUUUUAUCUCUAAAAAAAAACAGAAAAACUUCACCAAUCUACUUAUUGUUUUUAUUUAUUUGUUAAUAAGUAAACAAACCUAUCGUGCAUUAUCAUACAAUCCCCUUUAUCUAAACAAAUAAACGUUUAAUUCAAUCCAAAAGUCCACAGCGACACCAAAAUCCAAAAGCAAAAGAAAAAAAAAAUGAUAAAAAGUGGUGGUGCGAAAAAAUAAGAAAAAAGAAAAACCAAAUCCAAUCGAAUGACACAUGACAGAAAUACACAAAAUUGCAUUUUCUUUUCUUCUCUUAAACUUAACUUAACUUAAAUAAAUGUGUGAAGGAGAACCACAAAAAAGUGAUCCAGCCAGAGAGAGGAGUAUAGACAGGAAAAAUGUUGAAUAAAUAAAAGAAUCAAAAAAAGAAAAAGAAACGAAAAAAACACCAAAUUGGAAUACAAAAAAAAAAAGAAAAAUAUUUUAACUGCAUUUUGUGAAAAAAUCAAAAACAAAAAAAAAACAAAAAGAAUUAUAUAAACAAUUUUAUUGUGUGUCUAAUAAUUGUGUGCUGUUGUUUGUUCCUCACAUUAUCCUGAAAAUGUAAAAUUUGCAUUUUUCUUAAUCAUCAUCUUUCUCAUUGCACAAAAUAAGAAUGUGGAUCAUAAACUGACCGUAACAAAAAUAAAAUGUGCUUCGUUUGACUAAAACAAACAAUUGUGAUAAGACUUGAGAAGCAGAUUUCUAAAAUCACCAACGAAAAAAAAAAACAAAAAACAUAACUUAGCUAUAUACUAUAAAAUAUAAAUAAAACAACACGAGAUUUUUUGUUUCAUAAACAAAAAAAUUAUAUUAUUAAAUCUUUAUAAAUAAAAAAAAACAAACAGAAACAAAAAUGGGCAAACAAAAUAGCAAAUUAAAGCCAGAGGUGCUGGAAGACUUAAAACAAAAUACAGAAUUCACUGAUGCAGAAAUCCAAGAAUGGUAUAAGGGAUUUUUGAAAGAUUGUCCGAGCGGACAUUUAUCAGUUGAGGAAUUCAAAAAAAUAUACGGAAAUUUCUUCCCCUACGGUGAUGCGAGCAAAUUUGCCGAACAUGUCUUUCGAACAUUUGAUGCUAAUGGCGAUGGUACUAUUGACUUCCGUGAAUUUUUAUGUGCACUAAGUGUAACAUCGAGAGGAAAAUUGGAGCAAAAAUUAAAAUGGGCAUUUUCAAUGUAUGAUCUCGAUGGCAAUGGCUACAUAUCUCGUCAAGAAAUGCUGGAAAUUGUAACGGCAAUUUAUAAAAUGGUUGGAUCAGUUAUGAAAAUGCCCGAAGACGAAAGUACCCCGGAGAAACGAACUGACAAAAUAUUUCGUCAAAUGGAUCGAAACAAAGAUGGAAAACUCAGUCUUGAGGAAUUCAUUGAAGGUGCAAAAAGUGAUCCAUCUAUCGUACGGCUAUUACAGUGCGAUCCGCAAGCACAGUGAAAUUGUAUAGUUUCUUAUUUCUCUUUCUUUAAUUUUCUUCUUCUUCUUCUUUUUCUUAGAACUUUCAUUUCUCGAAUUAAAUAUUUAUUGGCUUAUAUCUAAGGCAUAAUUCUUAUUUAAAACAAAAAACAAAAAUAACAAAAAAAAAAACAAAAAAAAAGUUAUUACCAUAAACAAAUUGUAUGUUGCAUGCACAAUAUGUAAAUGAUAUGUCUUCGUACACUUUGGUUUUGAAAUUAAAUAAUAAUACAACAACAAAACAAAAAAAAAAAAACAAUUUUGCAAAACAAAAACAAAAAAAUAUAAUAAAACGAAAUAACAAAAAUAAAAUCAAUUUAUCUGAACAAUUAUAAACCAAUUUCAUUCAACUUAUUAUAGUUAAAAAAAAAUGUAUUGUCGCUAUUGUAAAGUUUUAAAAGACUUAACUUAAGUUUAAAACAUCUAAAUAAAUUUUGAUGCAUUGAACCUAAAUAAUUAAAACAAAAACAAACAAAC